AUGCCAGCACGACGACUUCUGCACACGAUGAUUCGUGUGGGUGAUUUGGACCGCAGUAUCAAAUUCUACACAGAGGCUCUUGGAAUGCGUCUGCUGAGAAAGUGGGACUGUCCAGAGGACAAAUUUACGCUGGUCUUUCUUGGGUAUGGCACGGAGAGUGAGACUGCAGUUUUGGAGCUUACCUACAACUACGGCCAGAGUGAAUACAAGCACGGGGAUGCGUACGGGCACAUUGCAAUUGGUGUGGAGGAUGUUAAUGGAGAAGUCGCUCGGCUGAAAGCAAUGAAUGUGCCAAUUGACUAUGAAAGUGAUGAUGGUUUUAUGGCAUUUAUUGUGGAUCCCGAUGGGUACUAUAUCGAGCUGCUGAACACGGAACAGAUGAUGCAAAAAGCUCGAGAGCACAUGAAGGAACAGGGUACGGCUUAA